AUGGGCAAAGUUUCAAAAGCCGAUAAGAAGAUUGCUUACGAUCAGAAGCUCUGCCAGCUUCUCGAUGACUACACUCAAGUCCUUGUCUCCGCCGCCGAUAAUGUCGGUUCCAAUCAACUCCAGAACAUUCGUCAUGGUCUUCGAGGGGAUUCUGUUAUUCUGAUGGGGAAGAAUACCAUGAUGAAGCGUUCAAUCAGGAUGCAUUCCGAGAAAACCGGAAACAAGGCCUACCUCAAUCUCAUCCCUCUCCUUGUUGGAAAUGUCGGUCUGAUCUUCACAAAGGGUGACUUGAAGGAAGUCAGUGAAGAGGUUGCGAAGUACAAGGUCGGAGCUCCUGCUCGUGUUGGACUGGUGGCUCCGGUGGAUGUGGUUGUUCCACCCGGCAACACUGGUCUCGAUCCAUCUCAGACCUCUUUCUUCCAGGUUCUUAACAUUCCGACUAAGAUUAACAAGGGAACUGUCGAAAUCAUCACCCUGUCGAGCUCAUCAAGAAGGGAGACAAGUCCUGAGGUUCUUGAUUUGACUGAAGAAGACUUGAUUGAAAAGUUCGCUCUUGGUGUCUCCAUGGUUACUUCUCUUGCUUUGGCCAUCCACUACCCCACCAUUGCUGCAGCUCCACAUAUGCUCAUCAAUGGCUACAAGAAUGCUUUGUCUAUUGCUGUUGCAACUGACUACACUUUCCCACUUGCUGAUAAAGUGAAGGAGUAUCUUGCUGAUCCGAGCAAGUUUGCUGUUGCUGCUCCAGUUGCGGCUGCUGCUUCUGGUGGUGCUCCGGCUGCUGCUGCUGCUGCUCCGGUUGAAGAGAAGAAGGAAGAGGAGGCAGAGGCUAGUGAUGAUGACAUGGGAUUUGGACUUUUUGAUUAGAUGAAUUAUGAGUGUUGAGACUUUAUGGUGCUUUCUUUCUUUUUGGUAAUAUUUUGGAUGUUUGGUUUAUGUUUUUUAUAUGGUUGUAAUGGAGUUGUCUGACUGAUAUUUAUAUUUUUAGCGAUUUUGUUUUAUGUUUAAAUGAUAGUUUUUGAUCUUCAAUGCAUAUGAUUUAAUAGCA